AUGAAGUGCUUCCGAGCAGGAGUCCUCGGGGCCCUUAUUGCCACAGCAACAGCAUCCACAAUCCAAAACGGCACAUACGACUACAUUGUCGUCGGCGGUGGUCCGGCCGGUAUCAUUACUGCUGAACGCUUUAUCGAAGCCGGCAAGAAGGUCCUCCUUCUAGAGCGUGGUGUUGGUCCUACUGUUGCAACAGGUGACACGCAGACCUUAUCAUGGAACGACACACUCACUGCCGUCGACGUCCCUGGUCUCUCAGCCAGCCUAGGCGAAACAGAUGUCUUCAGCCAGGAUCUCUGCACUGAUACCGCUGGAACAGCAGCCUGUGUCCUCGGUGGUGGUGUCACCGUGAACUACAUGGUUUUCGUCCAUCCUCCUGCCCAUGAUUUUGAUGAUAAAUGGCCUCUGGGAUGGAAAUGGCAUGACGUCUCCUCUGCUGCAGACCGUCUGUACGCGCGCAACCCCGGUACUAUCUUGCCUUCUGCCGACGGCAAGCGAUACGACCAGGGUGCCUACAAUGUCUUCUCAAGCUUUUUUGCCAAGCUCGGCUGGACCUCAGUUGAUAUGAUCACCCAGCCCGACGAGAAGUACCAGGUCUACAGCUACCCAGCCUGGAAUAUCAAGGACCAGAAACGCGCUGGCCCAGUGCGCACAUACCUGCCGCUCGCAGAAGAGAGCCCUAAUUUCACCCUCAGCAUGUCCACAAAAGUCAACCGCCUCGUGCGCUGCGGCAGCAACGUCACCGGCGUCGAGCUUGACGUUAACGGAACCUCGGAAAUCGUAACUGUCGCCCCUAACGGUCGUGUAGUGCUUGCUGCCGGUACUAUGUCCACUCCUCGCAUCCUCUUUAACUCUGGUAUUGGGCCCAAGUCGCAAAUCGAGAUUGCUCAGGAAAGCGGUGUCACUCUUCCUCCCUCCAAUGAAUGGAUUUAUCUCCCGGUCGGCUAUAACUUCAAGGACCACGACAUUUUUUCCAUCAUCGUCGAGACGAACGGUACUUUCUCGCCACUCAAUGGCACUAACGUCUAUGAUGGUGCUGAUACGCACGAUAUUGAUCAAUACGAGGAUACAAACAGCGGUGUACUGACCCAAGGCAAGCAUCGCAUGAUCUUUUUUAGUUCCAAUGUUGCCUCUGACGGCCAUAAACGUUACUUCCAGGGCUCAUGUGCGCCCACUGGCCCCGGAGAGAUUACCAUCACCACCUACAUGACCCAUGGCCUCACCUCGAGCGGUGUAUUGGGUCUGGACGUCAACGGUAGUACGGUAGUUGAGAAAUCCCCUUACAUGCAGACCGACGGUGACCGCGAGGCUGCUACCGAGUUCAUCAGCAGUCUGGUCGCUGACUUUACCAGCCCGUCUUCUGGCUUUUCGUUGAGCACGUAUACAAAUACCUCAGCUAUUUUGGGCUCGCUUACAAGUGGUAUUCAUUAUGUCGGUACCGCCAAGAUGGGUCCUGAUGAUGGUACUUCGGUUGUUGACAUCAAUACUAAGGUUUACGGAACUGAUAACCUGUUCGUCGUCGACGGUAGUAUCCACCCCGAUCUUCCCACUGGUAACAUCCAGGCCACCAUUAUGAUUGUUGCCGAGGCCGCAGCUGCAAGGAUCUUGAGCAUAUAA